AUGAAUCAAACUGGGGAUACGAAUAUUUUCGAAUUCAACAAUGAUCGAUUUAUGAUCAGAGUUGGACUCGCUUACAUGUUUGUCAGCAUUUGGCUUCUUCCCUUAUAUGCCCUUAUAAUGACGGCGAUCUACAUAAGAGACCGCACGAAGCCAAAUAUGACCAACAAAUUAAUGAACCAUAUUAAUUUCUUCGAAGUCGGCCAAGCUUUUUGCCACUUCAUCUCGUCGCCGAUUCUGAUUUUCCCAUAUUUUGCGACCGCCUGGGAUUGGAUUAUACGAGUGCUGGGUUGCAUUAUAAACACAUUUUGGAUAGCCGAGUUUCCCGCGAUGACGACGCUGGCGGUCAGUAGAAUAUUGAUAUUCUGCGAUAUAAUUCAGACGAAGAGAAUACCGAUUCCAAUUAAAAUCAUUCUUUUCAUCGCUUAUUCAUGGAUUGCAUUCGUAUUGAUCUACGGCUGCAUUUCGCAGAAUUUCGCGUUCACACCGCCAUCGUGGGGAUAUGACUUCGAUGUCGAAUAUGCCGAAUUGUUCGGAAUUCUUGAAUUGGCUUUAAGUUUUCCCUGUUUGGCGAUUUCUUAUUUCUCCUAUAUCUUCAUUAUAUAUCUGAUUUAUUCGAGAAAAAAACAUAGUCAAUCGAAAUCGAAUCGAAGAAAUGAGCUAGCAAUAAUGAUUCAAUACACAUUUGUUACUACUUAUAUGGUCAUUCUAAUAUUUUUAUGGCACGAAGGAGACGUUUUUCUGGAAAUGACUGAUUUGACAAAUGCUAUUUUGAAUUGCUUUUGGAUUGGUUGCUCUUAUCUCAACCCAGUGCUUCUUUUAAUUUUGAAUAAACAAAUUCGCAACGAGAUUCACUAUAUGCUGGGCGGUGUUCGUAAGAUGCACGUGACGCAGUCUGUCCGCACAAUGAUCUCAAAUAAUUAA